GCUGGUUCCACUGACCUUGGUCGGACUCUGAACAAAAGGGUCAGGCGUUCAACUGCACAGUUCGACGCAGUGCGUGUGAGGGAGAGCCAAUGAGCGCCUUGCAGACGCACCGGCCAAGCUGCCCUUUGGCUGUGGAGUCCACGUUUCUUGUUGAACAACCCUAGUCCUGGCCCCUUUGCCUCUCUCGACGCUUCUACCGGCCUUGGCUUCAUGUGCUGUUGGUAUCGCCAGGGUACCAACCGCCCACGCUCGCCGUGGGUUCCUCGCCGCGCACCCUCCCUUGGGGACCAUGGCUCCGAGAAUGAGGCGCAUCAGUUCCCACUCGCCCCCGUGUGGACUUGGGAAGCGGACCUUUGCAUUUGUGUUGCUCGACGAUUCGGCCUGCGCACGCAUGUUGGGCCCCUUGUGUGUCUGUUUAGAACCGCAGGCCAGCGACCUGCAAACGUCGGAGGUGUCGUCCAAGCGUCCUCCCCUAAGAGCCUCAAGUAAGCCUGGCUGUGUUCUGAAAAUCGACAUACAACGUUCCCUGCCCUGUGCUGAACUGGGAAGCGCCCGGUAUCUGGCCGGUGAGCUGUUGCGUCGGCGCAGGACGCAUGACGGACCGCCUUCCAGGACAAGAGGUACAUGGAAGGGCAGGCAAUCGACGAGACCGGGGUCCAGCAUUGCAGAAUCUAGAAGGCCUCAAGCCGUCCGUCAACCGCCAGUCAACCACUGCCAUCCUUUCAUCAAGCACCACACACAUCCCCACCAUACUCCCCCAUCGAUCUCCGCUUGCAGGGGUGGCUGCGUCGUCGAGUGAUGGGCUCUGAGUCGGCCCUCUCUUCGUCGCUGCCACGGAUGAGGCGCUGCACUUUGCUACACCUGCAAACACAUCCACGACUCGAGUUUGACAACUCGCGGGCAAAGACGCAGGCAUAACUACGGCUCGCCAUCUAUCGCACAUCGGUUUCCCUGCGAGGCGCAUCAUCACUCCCGACCCAAGACGGUCGACUGUGUCUCGCCAGCGGACGACACUCCCCCCGGGGGUCCCCACACGAGCCGAUGGUCUCCUGCCGACUCUUGAAUGCCAUUGUAGUAUCCCUGAUACUACCCCGUGGACUGCGAGGCCAAGCUAGAUGCCACCCUCUCCCAACCCGCCUCCCGCAAUAGUCUGGAGCACAACCUGCCCGCACACGUCUCAUUGGCUUCCGGGGUCGGAUCGAGCUGAGCUUUCAUGAGUGCCUGAUAACCCACGGCCACUGCCCUCUUAUUCUCCGCUGAGCUUGCUCAGUCCACCCCGCGAGCCCACGACACAUUGACGGCAUCGGGAGUCAAGGACGCAGCACAUUCUUUACCACCUCGCACCCAGCCGCUCACCUUCGAGCACGUGUUUUGCCGUACCCUGUCCUGCUUGCUCCGUUCCAAGCUUACCGCCCGGACAUUGCCGCUCACACUCGAUCCGCCAUUUGAUUUCCGAGCUCGAUACAGCAAGGAUUGAGUUCUCGGGGAACAAUUGCCCACAUAAGAACCAGUCAGCUCCCACGGCACGGCGAACGCAUCUGCCUUGCUUUGGCCAUUGCCACCCGAGUACAUUUUCCCUUUGACAAGUCCGAGCUGGGAAGGAGAAUCUCCAUCAAUGCUCAUCACUCGAAUUUGUGACUCGGAUCACACCCCUUGGCCGCUACGCAAAAACAGCUCGUCAGCUCGCCGGCCACAGUCUCCACGCAUGUCCGACAGGUACGAGCUGCCACUACCUGUCCAGCCCGAGUGGCAGAGUCAAUAUUCGUACCUUCCCCAUCAAGAAUCAAGCGUCUUCGCCGGGCCUGGCGGAGAUCUCCGGCGGACGCCGCUGGCAAAGGACAACGGCGUCAAAAAGACAAGCGAACCGCUGGAGGGGCUUCGGUGCACGGGGGACCUCCUGGCACCGAAGAACGUGAGGCACCCGCCCUCAAGCGAAGACCAACCAUCGUCCUUCGUAGACAAGACGCCGGGGUUUGGGCCGGCUCUGCCUCUGCCAGCCGUCAGUCAACCUCCCAAACAGACGGGACCGAACAAUUUCCACACCGUCCUGGGCCCUGAGGCAGGGCCUGAGCCCACAACAAGCCAUUAUGGCUUGGAUUCCAGAGAAAACGUGGCAGUGGAGGAGGCCGAUAUGGACGAAGACGAUGACGACGCCGCAGGACCGGACGGUGACAACCUUGACCGGCCUCAGACGGCUGCAGAACGCCUGGCGGCACGCCGAAAGAUGAAGCGCUUCAGGCUCACUCAUCAGCAAACGCGGUUCCUCAUGAGCGAGUUUGCAAAGCAGCCUCAUCCCGACGCAGCACACCGGGAGCGCCUGUCGCGCGAGAUACCGGGACUCAGUCCGCGCCAAGUCCAAGUCUGGUUCCAGAACCGCCGCGCGAAAAUCAAACGGCUCAACGCCGACGACCGAGACCGCAUGAUCAGGAUGAGAGCUGUCCCCGACGACUUUGACAACGUGCAGGCGCUGCAUUCGCCUUACGGGGCCGUCCACGGCAUGGGCCCCGCGUCGACUCUCCCGAAGCCCCUGAACCCAUCCUCGUACGGCAGCCACAUGCUGCGCCCGCUCAUGGUCGACGUUCAGCGCAACGAUGACGUCUACCUGUCUCCAACCGGGCUGACGCCUUCCUUUGGCGGUGUGGACAUUGGGCAGCCCGCGAGCGCGGGCAGCGCAGAUCUGGUGUCUCCCCUCUCGUCCACGUCCAACGAAAGAUUCGGCCCGCCAGGCCACAUACCGGUCCCGAGGCUGUCCAACCCGCAGCUUGGUCAGCAGGGCAGCAUGGAGGGCGUGGGACAUGUCGGCCGCCCCAGCUUGCGCCUCUUGCCCCUGAACACGCGGGACUCGAUCCCCAGAUCUGCCUCCGACUCGGUCCAGUCCCCACGCACCAACCUUUCCUGGAAGUCAGACUCGGUCGACUACUCCGUCUACUCAGGAGGGCCGCCGGAGCGGCAAGGCUCGUAUCACCCGGGCCAGGCCGGAUCGGCGCCGCCCAGCGCCAUGGGCGCGCUCGACUCGCAGCCGUACACCGAUGGCAGCAGCAGCAACAUGUCGGGCUCCUCGGGGCCGGGGUACCUUGGCCUCGGGCAGCCUACCACCCAGACCCCGGCCCGUGCCAGGGCGUCCUCAACCUCCUUGGCGAUUGACUUUGGCUUCCGAGACGCCUAUCGAUCGACAGCCGCCCCGACCUCUCCUCCCUAUUCAAGUCGCGGCCCAUCGGCGACGCAAGACGGGCCACCAGCGAGCUCCACGGGAUAUCCUUCGGCUCCCCUCUCGGCCCCGCUGAGCGUCUCGCCGCGACGCUUCCACGGGCGACCCGGCGUACACGACUACACAGACUCGCAGCUGAGCGCCCCCAUCACCGCACCGAGCGAUUUCGGAAGGUCGUUCCAUGAGGACGGGUCGGCCCACCCGCCGGCCCCGUCGAUGAAGGACUACUUUGGAAGCGGCUCGGUCGGGUACAGUCAGGGGUGAGGCGCAGCGGCAUUGCGAAGCGUUUGAUUUCUGUACAACUGCGGUUUCGGUGACUGUCGCCGCUCGCGGCCCAAGUGACGCGCGCUGGGUUUUCUUCACGACUAUCUCUAACUUGUAUUAUACGCCUGUCUUUUAAUCACCUUGUACGGCCGGAACGGCGUCGAGCAUCUGGGGAAAGGGGGCUGGGCGAUUGACGUUCUGGACAGACUUGAUUUCCGGGCUCGACAUUCAUCUGGUAUUGAUGCGUCGACUAGCGAACACGAAACGAAAGGCUAUGUUAUGGAUUGUUAUCGUAGCUGGCUUUGAGUUUGCAGGGUGGUGAAGAGGCAGUCGCCUACAGCUUGUAGGUCGCACGCUCCACGGCUGGUCUGCGGAUGUAGCAAUAUACGUUUAUUGGGGG